CCGACGUUAAAUCGUUGGUAACGGAGGAAGUAACAUUAAUAUCGAAAAUGUUAAAUACAAGAGUUUCUUGAUUUUUUAAAUGGAAACUUGUACUUUUAUUAUAUACAAAUUAUCGUUAACAUAUAAUACGAAAACAAUCCACAGCACAAUCUUCGUAACGUGUUCUCAAAAUGAUCAUGAUCAAAAUGAUUUGGUGUCGAGCAAUAAGUCUGUAAUCUUUCUCGAAUUCUACGUUAAAAACGUACGACACAACACUACGAUUAAAACCACAUUGUUACAUAACCUAGAAGAGAUGCGAGCGUCGUCUAGGGUUUGUGGCGUCAGUUCCUGUACUCGCCGCCAGAGGGCUACGCUCUUGCAUCUCUCGUAAGCGUUUGCCCUAACCCUUACGUUCCUAUAUAUACACUUCUCGAGCGACUAUUCAACAUCCCAUUGUCUGAGGCAGCGCUUGAUAGGAAGCCUCUCCUCUUUCCAUUUGUUUCAACGUUUAUGAAAUAUUUCCAUCGCGUCGGGAAAAGAAUGUGUGAAAGUUUCCGUGAAAAUCGAACGGGCCAGGCGAAACGCCGCGCGGCCAUCGAAGUGUGUUAAGUGGAACGGGGCGUAUCGAGAGCGAUCAAAUUCAUCCACCGGGUGGGCAGAAUGGAUUUUGGCCGGCGCGUAGGGUCCUCUCGACGUAGAGUAUGAGCGACGCUGGCGUCCACGCACCGGUUCUCAAAAUAGCCACCGGUCUAAUCCCCGCUACCCCGUCGUCUUCUAUGACGCCUUUUCGGGUCGCGCUUAGUUACCACCUCUUGAAGGGAACUGGCGCGACCCAGUCGCGAGCAACGCGAUAAACCAACGACAUGUGCGCCAAUCAAUCGCGAACAGACGGCUCGGGAAACGCGUGUGUCCUCCCGGAGGACAUCCCCGGGACCCGUUGACGUCCUCCGUGCUCGCGAUUAAAAUUCGUGGCGUCGAGAAUUAUGACCCAAGAAGACUGACUGUGACGCCCCCUCUCGCCGUCGAGAGGCAACACCUGUGGAUACGCUCUGCGAAUCGUCUGGAACACCGAAGACACCUCCUAAUCCCCUAAUCGUCGCGACAAAGCCAUGCACGAACACGCCGCCAAGGAUCGUCGAAUUCCAAGACGGGAAGCUGACUGACAGAAAUAAAGGGCGCUGCUGUGCGUUCGAUUCUCCGUUUUCGAGGGGAGAUUCCGUUGGAAAACGGGUGCAUUUAUUUAGACUGCUCGAACAGUAUUAUUAAUCGUUCGGACGGUGGGUAUCGACGACCGACGUGGGCGAGACGCCGAUCCGUCGGUAAAAGCAAACGACGCCUGAGAGAGUAUCAUCUGGUUCCAGGUAUAUUUGGUCCCCCCGACCGUGCGUUGCUCCAAAUUUAUAUCGCGCUAAUUAUACCCGGCUCCUACGUAUGGUUUGUCACCUUACGGGACCGCGAGGGCGCAGGCGACGGUAACGAGACCCCGAUAUACACUUGGAACAUACGUUCGCUUAUGCGGCGCAACGAAUGUAAAUAUUAUGAGAAAAGUUAUCGGUCUCGAUUGAAGAAACGGAAAAAAAAAAGCAAGACUGGACCCACGAUGGCGUGCACGGCGUUCCGUCGCGCGGGUGACUGUUUCACAAUUUUGAUAUCGACGCGAUACAAACGAUACGAAAACCGCUCGAACGCGGUAACGGCAGUCCGAAAAUAGAAUCGCGGAGACGCAAUAUCGUCGAUUUUCUCCGUCUUUCGCGAGUUCGCGAACCGUGAAAAUAACUUUUCCAUCGGUUGGGAACUCGGUGUGUCAAACUCUAACCUCUAAAAACCUUCGCACGGGUUCCGCGAACGGAGAGACUGCUAUCGUUUUUUUCGUCGUGGAUACGAUUUCCUGGAAUCCAUGUGCGAGAGAGCUCGGAUUCUCGUCGCAACGAAGCCCGUAAAAUGGUGGCCGAAUUGGCGUCCGUUGGCCGAUAACGGUCUGCGGUGGAUAACGGCGUGGAGGCGACCGAGGAAAAGGGCUCGACAUGUACGGACGACAGGGGGCGCCUGGUAACUCGCAACCACCGCCGUGGUUGGUUAGAGCGGAGGUGACGAUACGCCAUAGCACGCCGACCACCACGGAAUCCGGACAGACGCCGGCCAGCGUGUCGUCGACGGUCACGGACUCUGGCGGCGUACGCAUGAUUUAUCGAUGGAACACCACGGACACGUCCCCGUCCACGGCCCAGGCGUCCUCGAUGUCCGUGCCAUCAGCGUCGUCCGGGGCGUUCGGUUUCCAACGCGGGAACAUACUCUUCACGUCGACGCCGCCUCCCAGACCCAACCCAGGAUCGUUCACGAUCCCCAGAUCCACCGCCGCCGGGAACGACGAGUCCUCAUCGUCCAGGGGACGACCAACGGCGAACGUCUCCGACUCCGGCUACGCUACAGAAUUCUCGCCGCAUUCCUACUCGAGUCUACCGUCCCGUCGUCCGUCCCAGCAGUACAAUCGUCGAUGCAAGAGCACCUGCAGCAUCGUGCUCUCGGCCGUGGACGCGGUGGACGGCUCCAAGAAAGACUCCGUCGGCAGAACGACCGCCAACGAGCCCACCAAACACUCGUACGAUCAUUCCUGGCGUCACCAUUCGUCCCAUCAGCAUGUCUUCGCGCGACAUCAGUUCACCACGGUGCCGGAGGAUUGCGAGGAAGCCCCCGAAGAGGCCACCAACCGCUUCGUUGGCAAGGACAAGGUCGGAUCGACCACCAUUAGCAAGGACGCCUCGUCGCAGACCACGGAUAUCGAGUCCCGGGAGUCGUCGUCGGUGUUCUGCAAGAACAGGGUCAGGAGGAAGGCUGCCACCGGUCUCUACCACUUCGAUGAGCAGAAGAAGAAAAAGCAAGAGAGUGUAUCGCCAACAGCGUCCGAGGCUACCACCAGCGUGGGACUUACGGCCGAAUCGGAGAAGUCAGACUCCUCCGCGAAGGACGACAGCGCGAAACGCAAGUCCCGUACGGUGCACAUCGACGUGUAUUGCACCGGCACUGAGGACGACGACGAGAACACCGACACGUCGAGCGACAACGAGCGCGACACCCCGUUGACGGUGUUCGAGAACCCGGACGUGAGGGUGGUGCACACCCAGGUGCCAGGCGACGUCUUGCCGCGCGGAUUUCAGGACGACAAAGCGUUCCUGAAGCGUACGACGGAGUCGCGUUGCGACAGCUUCAGGAACGCGCCGAUGAGGAUGCCCUCGUUGGCCAGCUCGAAGGGCUACGACAGCGACGACGUCCUCAGCUCGCUGUAUCCAUCGCAGUUCAGCUCUUACAGCGCGCUCAGGGACCUGGAUUACUCGGCACCCUGGUCGGCCGCGUCGUCGAACGCUGGUAUACCGUUCGAUUACGACUCGGCGGUGGCCACUUCGUCGAAAGACACUCUCUCGGACAUCGAGUCGCUGACGCCUAACGCGAGACGGGACCUGACAUCCUGCGACAGCUUCGAGUACGCGAGCUCUAGCGACCGCGAGAGGAUAAGGAAGAUGGAGGAGAUCUGGGCGAAGACGGAGUCCGAGGGCAGCAAGAGCUGGCGGUCGCCGCAGAUAGAACGCAGAUGCAUGUUGAGGGACAGGAAGAUGAGGGAGUACCUGGAGAAACACGAGGUGGGUUGGUCGUCGGCCGACAGCGGCGAGGACACCGACGAGAGCGGCACCGUGGGUUGGAGCUUCGUGUCCAGCGAGGAGAGCCAGCGAAUGGCCAAGAGAGCCUCGAUCGUCAGACGGUCCAGCAAAAGCACCCAGGAGUCCGUGGAGAGGCACCUGGCUGACGUGAAGGAGAACGAGCCUCCACAGAGAAGCUCGGAAGCGGAUAGAUCUGGUUCAGCGUCCAAGAGCGAUCGUACCUUCCGUCCUCAAGCUCUGCGGGAUCAGAUCGGGCCCUUUGGCUCGAAGAGCCCGUCUCCGCUUCCCUCGAAAGUACCCUCGCGAGUCACCUCCCCGUUCAUGACGCCCCAAGGCGAAAGAACCGACCACAUUGUAAAGGCCUCGAUCUUCGGCGCUGUGGUGAACGCGUUCCGCAAACCCGGGCACCACAUAGGGCCCGCCAAGAACCCCUCGUGUUCGUGCGAGCAUUGUCGAAGACACUUCGAGGAAUUGAACUCGCGAGAGCAUGAUCCCAUGACCGAGUUCGAGAGGCAAACGGGCUUCUGGUUGCGCGACCAGAAGAAAAUCGUUCGCCCUGUACCGGGCAAUUGUAAAUCGUGAGAUCUCGUAUCCCCCGCUGACAAUGUUGUUACAGCUUCUUUUUAACCCCUGCGACACGAUAUCAAAUUUUACAAUUUUAUAUAUCAGUAUUUUUAUAAUUUUAUUGUACAAAACUCCUAAUAUCGUUGUGAACUUGGAUUCGUGAUGUGGCGCUGCUGGCUGAGGGUAGCAGGCCCUGCCUUAGACGACUGGGUUAUUGGGAGGUCGUUCGAGGAGUGUAUAUAUAGCAACCGAGGGGCGAUCGAGCGCUUGUGAGAGCGCGACCCCCUCUGGUGGCGAGCAUGGGAGGCGACGCCACAGCGAAAAAGUCGAUUCGAAAUGGGUUGCCCUUACAUCACACUAUUUUACCACUUUACUCCGAAGAUGAUAGCAAAGUAUUAGAAACACCGUCGGGUCGAAGGGGUUUGAGCACUCUGUAGUGUUUCCUGCAUUAUAGGGAAAUUGCAUUAGAAAUAAUUAUUAUCGCAUAAGGUUGUAUUGUAUGAUGCCGUAACGCGUGUGUUUAAAUUCUAUUUAUUGAUCAUGAUACUCUGUAUUCCAUACUCGUAGUUUUCUUUUUCUAUUCACGACCGGUUACCAAAUUCGCCGAAACAUUCUGCUGACUAUCGAGCAUUUAUUUAAGCUAGCAGGUACACACUACUAUUACUAUUCAUGCUGUUCAUGCCGUUAAUAAAUAUUGAUUACAUUAGUAGUGGCAUUUCAUUGUCUCUCUCACCUGUGUCCACUUUUCAA